GGUGAUGUUAGUGUUGAAACAGGAGCAGGGGGCUCGAGCUGUCCCUUAGGAAGCAUCAUCAGAGCUAGAAUUUGUGCAGAAUGGGAGGGAAGGGUGUGGAGAAUGAUUCUUCAUGAGAAAGGAGCAGGAAGUCAGAGCUGAAUGUCCUUCAGUCUGUGUCUGGACUUCACAAUAGGCAGGCGUGUCACUUGUGUCUGUUCCCAGCCUCCACUCCAGAUAAGUUCACUGACACCUUGAGGACUCACCUGGGUGGUGUCAGGUUCCUGUUGGAACAGAAACGUCAAACCCUCAGCGGACUGUGAGCCGAGGACAGUCGCCACCAGAAGCAAAUACCUGUAGACGUCUGCAUUUUGUGAAUCAGCAAUGAAGCAAGUGGAGAAGUUCAUUUUUUUCUGCCACCUGAUGUUUGUCAGUAGUCUAGUCAAGACUACAGAGGCGUUUUCUGUGCGUGCUUCUCUAAAUUUAUUCUAUUUCGACACCACUAGCAACAAGUCUGUGUCCGAGCACUGCAUGUGUGGACUGUACGGAUUAAAUUCUCCUCUACUUAGUGCUCAGGGGCUUGUGGGCAUUCCUGUGUCUGAUAAUCUUGAAGCCUGUGAUGCAAAUACCCGCUUCACCGUCACAAAACCACCGUGGAUAGCACUGAUUGAAAGAGGCAAUUGCAGUUUUGCUGAAAAAAUUCAAGUGGCAACCAGAAGGGGUGCGGCAGCAGCUGUGAUCUACAACAAGCUGGGCAAAGGCAACAGCACCGUCCUGAUGUCGCAUCCUGGUGCUGAAAGCAUCGUUGCAAUCAUGAUUGGCAAUGUGAAAGGCAUGGAGAUCCUACACCGGAUUGAGAGUGGCAUGAAAGUGACUAUGGUUAUUGAAGUGGGGAAAAAGCACGGUCCUUGGAUGAACCAGUACUCCAUCUUCUUCACCUCAGUGUCAUUUUUCAUUGUCACAGCAGCAACCAUGGGCUACUUUAUUUUUUACUCUGCUCGGAGACUCAGGAUUGCCAGGGCCCAGUCCAGGAACCAGCGACAACUAAAGGCCAAAGCCAAGAAGGCCAUUGAACAGCUACAGCUGCGCACCCUGAAGCAAGGGGACAAGGAAACUGGUCCUGAUGGAGAUAGCUGUGUGGUGUGCAUUGAGCUGUACAAGCCAAAUGAAGUAGUGCGUAUUCUGACUUGCAACCAUCUCUUCCACAAGAACUGUAUUGACCCCUGGCUUCUGGAACACAGGACAUGCCCGAUGUGCAAGUGUGACAUACUCAAAGUUUUGGGUGUUGAGGAGGCUGUAGAAGUGGUUGAGUCUGUGCAAGUCACAGUAUCCAGUGAGGGAUCAAAUGUGUCUUCAGCUGCUGAAGAGGAUAAUCGUAGUGAAACAGCAUCAUCUGGAUAUGCUUCUGUACAAGGAGCAGACGGAUCUGUCCUGGAGGAACAUGCACCAUCAGAAAAUGACAACACGCAUCUUGUGAACAAUGAAUCCCAGCCCCCUGCUGUGAAUACCCUUCCACAUGCUGACAACCCAAGCUUUGAGGCAGACGAAAUACAAGUUCGUGAAGUCAGGUCCUAAGAACAUUCCCAGUGACCUGGUGUAAGCUGCAAGGAGCUGCCGAUUGCCAUUGCAUGUGUAUGAAACAUUGCAAGGCUGUAGCAGGAAAAACAUUGCCUUGGCAAUGCUGAGAUAAAAUGGACUUGUUCAAAUCAUAAUUGUAUGGUUUGCCGUUCUUAAAACUGUGUCUCCCAUGUGGAAUUUAGUUUUAGCACUCUUCACAUAAAGCCAUCUUAAAUAUAAAGAAAAACAUCAGAUUUUAACACUAAACAAAAAGUUCUGUCUUCAGCAAAGCUUCUCUUCAGUGUUUGAGUCAUUUAAAUACGGAGAAACAUUCUUUGUCAUAGCUGUCUCUCCUGGGAGUUGUUUUGACUUUUUUUUGUUGUUGUUUAUUGUUUUAAUUCAAGUGGAUUUUCAUUGUAAACAGAUUAAUUUUGAUCUGGUCUAAUACUUACUUACCAGACAUGGUUCAGUUAAAGCAACACUGUAUUUAAUAUCUCAGUGCACUAAUUUGAUAGGAGAAAGUACAAACUAAUGCCUGUCAAAUGGGAUUUUUCCCACAGUGUCUUUGGUUCUCUAGUAAGCCGAUUGAUUCUCUACCUCUAAACUCCAACCUGCCAACCACGCAUUCCUAAAGGAGAAAAAAGAGAGCUGCAAGCUGACAGGCCAAAUCUGACUUGCACGAUACUGUAAAUGGAACAAUUGCAUGAGUUUUUCAAACCUGUUAAUAUUAGCCUGAAAGCUCUUCCCUGGCUUUUGGAGUUAGAGCCAUCUCUAGCACCAGCAAUAUGCCAGUGUCCUGGCGCUGUCAGAGCCUGGGAUGACUUCAGAAAGACUGAACUAAAGAUGAAAAGAUAGGUACUUCCCGAAGGACCUGCUGUGUUUUGUUCAGAAAGUGAUCCAGCCUCUGAAAAAUGCUGGAGUGUUGCUCUGCAUUGUCUUGCCUGUGUGCUAAAGCUGCAGCGAGAGCUGAUGUCCUGUAAACAUACUGGAGAAGUGGUCUGUCAUCUGUGGGGAGUUGAACUGGGGUCAAGGAGGAACACUGGGUGCCUCAAUAGUAAGUGCAGGGCCUUGCUCAGCGAAGAUAACUAAGGACAUCUUGUGGAUGCACUUUAUUUUUUUAUCUUUGUAUCUAUAGCUUAUUUCUAAUGUUAGCAGAACUUUGUCUUAAAGCCUGCAAUGAAGUACUAUUGAAUCUGGAGGGGAAAAGCAAUGCAUUUUCUUAGCUGUAGUACAAUUAAAAUUGUUGUAAAUAUUUCAUGAUUUGUAUUGAAUUUGAAUAUGAAAAUGUAAAUAAAACUAUAUUUUGAUGACCCUAA